ACAGAAGCGUCAGAGACUCUCUCAGUGACAGUCAGAGGGAAAGCUUUCCAAGUGUCGGUUGUGUGGAGGCUAAUCGUAUAGAAUUUCCCGAGCACAUCUCCAACAUAUCUCCAAAAACAAAAAAAAAGAAAACAUCCUUUAAGGUGGUUUUCCGGCUGAUAUUUUACUUUUUUUUUUGAAAAAUACUCAAGGACCAUUUUUCACGGGAAAAGGUACGAGUAUAAAAGAUUUUCUCUAGUUGCGUGUUGAAACAUUCCACGAAAAAUUAGUGAAAACCCCUCUGCCGUGAAAAUUGCCGUGUUUUGUGAAAAACAGAGGGAGACAAGUGGAAAAAUUUUGUGUGGGUGGAAGAGGGAACGAGAGACCAUAGUUGAUAAACGUAAAGUGGAUUAACGUGAAACAACCCCUCGUUGGCAAACACCCUACAAGUGAAUUUGUGUGUGUUUCUCCCCUGUGUUUUCCAGCUCCCCCCCUUAAAGGUGCAGAAAAAAAAGAAGUGAAAUCCAGCAGAAACACCUUGUGUGCCUCAGAAUUCAUUCUAUAUACACAAAAUCGAUCAGCAUAUGAAAGUUGUGAAUUGAUUGAAUUUUCCGGUCGCAAAAUCCCUCAACAAUAGCCAUUAUGUUGCCAUUGCAGCGGGAAAAGUGAUCCCAUUCACUGGGCGAUAUCGACAAAUAAUAUUCCUGAGAUUUUGCGAGCCACGGGACUAUGUUGGCUUUUCCGGUUAUUUAGGGAGCUACAUCAAGAGAAUACAUUCAAACCGAAAAUUGUGAGCCUGAGGUGCAGAGUGGUUUACUUUUGUUUGGUUCUUGGUUAUUCAAAAAGUCCAUCGGAACGUUGAACAGAAGGUUACAGAUGAAAAUGUGGCUCUUAGGAUUACUACUGUUGGCUGUUCAGAUCAUGGCAAAAAUUGCCGACACUGAAGUAUCCAUUGAGGCGGCUUUCCAAGGCCACUGUGGACAUGGAAGCCCCUGCGAGCAGCUUUGCUACGAAUUGCACGACGGAAUGUACGAGUGUGACUGCACAGAGGGUUUUGAAUUGCAGAAAAAUGGCUACAGUUGCCAGGAAAUUAAUUCAACAUACCCGCCCAACGAUGAUGAAGACCCCAACAUGGAGGAGGAUAUACUGUAUCAGCGCGGGGCGUCAUUCAGUGCCAAACUGGAUGAUUCCAAUGCGCACAUUUUUGACAAUACCCUCAUAUCGAAGGAAAAGGGACGGCAGACAAAGGGAGACAAGUCACAGACGCACAAAAUCAACACAGUCACCGGAAGUGACACUGGACAAAGUGGAGAACAGAGCGAUAGUGGCGGAUUUGCGACAUUGUCCAAUGAAAUGAGUGACGAUGGAUUCUAUUCGAAGGACGAUAUGUCCAUUUAUGAUGAUGUUAAUAACAAUCGACUAAACCUCAGGAGUAGGGACUCAAUGAUGUACGGGAUGAUGGCUCCAGUGGUUGAGACCUCAGACCCAUCCACGGUUACUCCGUCCAGCAAUAUUAAGAACCAACACAACGACCACCAGAACAAGAAUUCAACGGAAAAAGCAGCUACAGUCUCAAGAGAACCCUGCCUCCUGGACUGCGGAAUUGAUGGCACAUGCGAUAACAGCGAUGGGACAUCGAGGUGUCUCUGUCCAUUCGGUAAGACUGGACUCAAGUGCAAAGAAGAUUUAAAGGUGACUAUGCCCCGUUUCACCAAACACUCCUGGAUGGCUUUUCCCGCACUACGAGGGGCCUACAAACACGUUCAGCUUCAUAUUGAGUUCCGGCCAGAGUCAUUUGACGGGAUAAUUCUGUUGACGGGCGAGAGGGAUGAUCUCACUGGUGACUUCAUGGCUCUCCUCAUUCAUCAGGGAUUCAUUGAAUUUUGGUUCGAUUGUGGUUCUGGAACGGGAAAGGUGCAAUCCGAAGAAACAGUUGUGCUAAAUCAGUGGAACACCAUCACUGUGUAUCGACAUCGAUGGGAUGCUUGGUUGCUCCUCAAUCAGGGAAAUCGUGUCCAGGGAAGAUCUAAGGGCCUAUUCUCCAGGAUUACCUUCCGGGAGCCAGUAUUUUUGGGCGGAACGGGUAAUAUCACAGGGAUGGCACGGAAGUUACCAGUGAAUGCUGGUCUCAUAGGAUGUGUGAGGAAGUUCAUUGCCAACGAGCAUGAAUACGAAUUUAAUAUUUCACCAUCAGGAGACGUGAACCAGGGAUUCGAUGUGCAGGAGUGUACUACAGAUCGCUGCAGCCGAUAUCCGUGUCGUCACGGCGGAAAAUGCUUACCCUCUGAUCAGGGAGCUAUUUGUCUGUGUCCCCUCGGAUUUGGUGGUGAUUUAUGCGAGAUGCGACUGGACUUACAGGUGCCUUCAUUUAAUGGAUCAUCUUAUUUGAGAUUUGCCCCCUUGGGAGACUCUGCACUCAUUUGGCUGGAGUUCAAGAUCAUUAUAAAGCCGCAGCAGGAGGACGGUCUGUUGCUCUACAGUGGCCAUCACGAUUAUGGUGAUUACAUAUCAUUGUGCCUCAAUAUGGGUCAUGUAGAGUUUACAUUCGAUCUUGGAAGUGGACCAGCAACAGUUCGGAGUGAAUUUCCACUCGCAAUGGGUCAAUGGCAUACUGUAAAGAUAUCUCGGACAGCUCGAUUGGCCGUUAUGAAGAUUGAUCAACUGGCGGAAGUGAUGACAAUUUCUCCAAAUGGAUUUUGGCAUUUGUCACUUCCGCAUAGUCUCUUCCUCGGUGGGGUUCAGAAUGUACAAGUCCUACCUGACAACUUGAGAGAAAAAGGAGCUUUUGUGGGCUGCAUUCAGAAGAUGGAAGUCAAUGGUAGACCGUAUUCAAUCAUUUCUGAGGCUCUCGGAGGAUCAAAUGUGGAAAACUGUCCUCAUGCUUGUGUGGCUCGACCAUGUGGACCCCUUUCUAUUUGUGUACCUAAUCUUGACUCCUACGAAUGUCAAUGCAGUCCUUCAAAUGGUCCAUGCCAUCGAGCUGAAGAAGAAGCAAAACGACGAGAAAUGCGAAAGACAACAACAACUACCACAACAACAACAACUACAACAACUGCUGUUCCACAGAAAGACGAUGAAGAUUAUGAUGAUGAUGAUUAUUAUGUUGAGGACACGGAUGAGGCUGACGUGACGACAGGGAACCCAAAAACCACCCAGGAGCAUCAGGAAGGAGGGUAUUUGGAUGACUGGGAUGAUGAAACUGGCAACAAUGGACAGUACCUGUCUGUGGAUGAUGAUGACGAAUUAUCAGGUGGUGACAGGUGGAUUCUGCGAGAUGGGAAAGAGGCGCUUGUCGAUGGUGAUAAAUUGCUCAAUGACCAGCGUCCGAUUCUCAUCCCAGAUGCCGAUGAUACGGUCUUCGAAGAGCCGGACUUUGAUGACGAGAUGAGACGGAUUAUGAAAGAACGUCCUGAAGAAGACUCCUGGAGGGAACCCCGCCGAGAAGUGAAGCGGAAGAAGAGUCAUGGUGCCUGUUUCACUGGACACGACAGCUUCUUUCAUUACAGCGAUGCCGAGACUCUGGCCCAGAUCAUCAGCUAUGCCACUGACGUCAAUCUGCGCUUCAAGUCUCAUUCCAAGAAUGGCCUUCUGCUGUGGACAGGCCGUCAGAGUGCUCGUCCCGAUGAUGACUUCCUCUCGCUGGGCAUCGAGAAGGGAUUUCUCCACUUGAGGUACAAUCUUGGUUCUGGCGAAGUAGACAUCAAGUACAACUACACUAAAGUUAGUGAUGGGCUGUGGCAUCGAGUUCGACUCGUCAGGAAUUUGCAAGAGGGAUCCUUAGAAGUUGACGGAGGAAGAGCAGCUGUUAAGAAGUCACCUGGGAGACUGAGACAGCUAAAUACAAAUACCGGACUUUACGUGGGUGGAAUGCCGGAAGCCUCUCACUACACCCGCCGAAAAUACAACACUGGGAUUAUUGGAUGCAUUUCUGAGGUUAUUCUGGGUGGUCAGGUGCGUCUAAACCUCGAUUCCAGUGUCCUCGGAACAGCACACAAUGUCCAAGUAGGAGUUCUCUGAAGGCGCACUUAUUCCUGAACACUUCGCUGAAGGAGCUUCUAGAUCAAUGCACCAAACAACUCAGAAAAUGUUUUUCUAUAUUAAAUAGAGUAAAUCGAAGAGAUUUGAUCGUCCAAAUCACGAGAAAAUCUUAUUUUAAUUGAAGAUCUGAAUCGAGAUAAUUUGAGUUUUUGACGAAAGACGAAAGCUACAAAUUACAAUUAUAACGGCAAUUGUUGAAAAAGAGGUCAAUUGAAGUGAAAGAAGAGAUUCCUAUUUGACAAAAAAGCACAGAAUGAGUAAUAAUUUAAAAUAAAUAUCUCUUGCAUAUCUUUUGCAAUACCAUCACACAACCAACAAAAAAAUAUCAAUCAAUUUUUAACGAUGAUGCAAUUAUUCGACUUUAUCACGUAAUUUUUCAAUUUGGAAGCAUUUUUUUCCAACACGUUAUAUUUAUAUAACACUUAAUGGGUUAAAUUAAAAAAAAAUAGCAGAACCAGCCGGUAUUUAAUUAACAGGGUGUGAGAAUUUAACUAGAAAAGUGAAUGAGGACAAAUGAUGGGGUUAUUUUAAAACUGAACGAAAGAUGAGUAAAAAUGAACAGAAAUGUAGACAUAGUCGAUAAAUGUGUAAUAAUUAGGGGUGAAAAUGAGAAAUGAAAAUUAACCUGUAAAUAGUGAAAACUGUUGAGAAAAGAGAAAAUGAUACUCUCCAGAUGGUUUUUUGAAGGUGGACGUAAAACCAUGAAUAUUUCAAGUGCUUUAAGAGUUCUAAUCAUUGUUACUUCAACGUCUGUAUUUUCUUGUACGAUACACAAAACUUCUAUCACACAGUAAUUAUAUAAAACAAAAUGCAAAUUCCUUACCUCUCUGACACUCUUCUCCGUUUCAGCGUGUGAAAAAACACAUUCCUUCUUGACGAAAAUAUUUUGUAAAAUGACACACAAAAAAAACCAACAGUUUUAAUUAGUGGAUGUAUUUACAAGUUUUUAGAUGUUAGAGAAGAAAAUGAAAAACAAACCAAAAUGCCGAAUAAUUCCAGAGCACAUUAUAUCGUCAAUUACUGCGGACAUGUGAAAACUUAACGAAAGCUGCCAUUUUGAUUCAAAUCCUGGCGGACAUAUUGAAAUGAAUAAAAGCGAUGCUCUUAUGGAAAAAUUAAGCAAAUAUUACCGCGCUAAUUGGAGAAAAUACACAUCACAACACACAUUGCAUUAGUAAUUAAGAUAAAAAUGAACACUGUACAUAGAAAAAAAUGGUUUAAUCAUAACAGAACAAUUUAUAGACUGUGUAUUUGCAAUUAGACGUAUAUCUUUUAGAAAUGACGAAAAGUUCUGGAACAACUUUGAGGUUAUAUUUCCAAAAUGUCAGUGUACAUAAGAUGAGAAGAAAAAACUGCUUAAUGAGUGUCAUUAAAGAAAAACAGAAUAAUUUUCUUUUAAUUAAAACGCGAAAAUCAGAACCACUGCGAAUUUUUAUUAAAACAGCAUUACAAUUUCCUGAGAAAACUGCUGAAAUAGUGUGUAGAUGAACAUAUCAGAUGAGUAAAAUUGAUUUAAAAAUAUUAAUUUGUCUGCAAAAAAAUGGAAAAAGCACUAAUACAAACACUUAUACAUGAGAAAAAAAUUGGUAAUUGUAUUGUAAUUUGAUUAUAAAUAUAUGCGCUAACUAUAGGAUGAAUAGUAUCAAAUGAUUUUAUAUAAUCACCAUUAAAUCACUGCGUGUGAUAGGAGAGUCCAAUAAAGAAUAAAAAUGGAAAAUUUGUCGAUA